AUGGGACCCCGAUCGGCUGUUCGAAAUGUAGCUGCUAUUACCAUUCAGCGAUGGUAUCGACGGCGAUUAGAAGUAACACGAGCAAUACGACUGCUGGCUAUUUUGCAUAUACUUCAUCAUGAGAGAAAUAAAACAGCGAAGAUUGCCCCAAUAUUGUUUGAAAUAACCACUGCCUAUGUGGAUAGUGUGAAUGAUAAUCACAGAGAGGACCACAGUAUGAGUGGUGAUGGAGGAGAUGGUGUUCAUUUAAUAGAUUUUUUGGAGAAUUCCACCACUAGCAGGGGCAAACCAUUAUUUCGUCUGGUGGAGUUGUUGUUAUCAUUAGCUGUUCGCUAUGGUGAGCGACUCCAUCAUCUCCAUACAGAGAAAAACAGACAAUAUCAAUGUAAACAAUAUCAAUAUAAACAACAACAAGGAUGCUGUCCUCAACGUUUAUUGUUAUUAACAGACACCAUGUUAGUAGAGCUCUUAUUAGAUAUCCGUCGUGCGGGAGAUGUGAAACAACACGAACCUGCAGAAAAACCAAAAGAAGAACCACAACGAGUUGUAUGGUGUUUACGUCACUGUCUCGAUGCGGCCGGUAUUUCGUGGUUUGUGGAAAUGUCUCGCCGAGUAGAGAUUGAAAAGAACAUUCAACGCACAUCUCCACUUUAUUAUUCAUUCAUACGAACAUUUCAAAACACACGAGUGACUCAAUUGUUAUUACCAUGUGUGUGUGAUGAUAGUGUGGUGUUGGCAGAUGUGCCGCCGCUUCCACAACCACCGAGUCUGUGGACCGCACCGUUUUUACCCACAGCAGAGACGAGUCAUGUUCAUUCCCAGAAAAAUAACAAUAAUAACAACAAUAGUAAGAAUGAGAUUCAACCACAAAAAGAAAAAGAUGAUGAAGAUGAAGAUGAUGAUGAUGAUGAUAGUAUUGUUAAUGAAAAUGAUGAGGAGGAGGAAGAAGAUGAGGAUGAGGAUUACGAUGAUGAUAAGUAUUACAACCGCCAGCAUGCGAGGGAACAGGCUCGUCUCUCCCGUAUCUUAUCAGCCCUGCAGAUGGAAGAACCGUCCGUAGAAGAAAAGGAAAAAAAUGAUAAAAAUAAAGCCGAACGUCGAAGUGAAGAGGAAACAGCCGCGCAGGAUUCCUACAUGCAACUCUUUGGUGAAGUGAAGGAAGUUUUAUUUCCCACGCUCAACACAAUGAAGAUACCCACCUCUGCUUGUAAGAAUACCAAAACAACUACUAAUAAGAAAGAUUUGGAUUCCCGCUUCUGUGUUGUGUGUGAACUCUCUGGGAUAGAGGAUGAACUUGUGGUGUGUUGCUGUGGGAAUUGUAUACAUCGUGACUGCACACACACUAGUAUGAAUGGUGAAUGGCGAUGUUCCCGAUUCUGUCAACCACUAUAA